AUCUGGGCUCCGAUAAAAUCUGGCAACUAGGACUGAAUAAAACGAAAGCGUGGACAACUCAUGACUCUAUCUCCGAAAAGCCAGGAAAUGGACCCCGCCAUUCAGUGAUCGUUGCAACUGGUCUGAAAAACGCGGCCUUUGUAAAAACUCAAUCUAUCACUCCACCUGACUCAGACCCCUCAGCUCCUUUUGCGGCUGCAGAACUUCUCUAUGCCGAGUCUCCGACACCGCUCUUGUAUGCGUCGAAUAGGAACGACCCACAUCCAGAAGGGGAUGCUAUCACGGUCCUUGAAACAACCCCUAAACUGAAGCCAGUGGCAUAUGUCAGAACUGGGCUCAACUAUAUCAGGGGUAUGGAGUUCGUGGGUCCCAAGAAGGAAUAUGUUAUAGCGGCAGGAAUGAACGGUGGUGGUAUCAAAGUGUUCAAGAGGGUUCCAGCAAAACUAGGGUACCUUUCCGAAGUGGCUCAUUUACCUAACGGAACUAUUGCGCAACCAAGCUCGUUCUUGUGGGUCAAUUGGUAG